AUUUUGGCCUUCUAUGCAAAUUUGAUGCAAAUAGAAGCAAAAGAACAGUAAAGUUGACUAUAGUCCAAACAUUUUAGCAGAAGUACGCCGACACUGGCCUGUUGCCUCCUCCGCCUCUUCACGACGGCGAUUUCGCCCUCUUUUCCCGACCAAAGUUUCCAAGCGUGAAGUUGCACUUCAGCAUGGAGAAAAUAUUUUAUCAAUUUCAGGGAGUCCAUUGAAUUUGAACUAGAUGGACCAGUAUGAAAAAGUUGAGAAGAUUGGGGAAGGAACAUAUGGUGUAGUGUACAAGGCUCGUGACCGUGUAACUAAUGAAACUAUUGCACUGAAGAAAAUAAGGCUGGAGCAGGAAGAUGAGGGGGUACCAAGCACAGCUAUUAGAGAAAUCUCUCUCUUGAAAGAGAUGCAACAUGCUAAUAUUGUGAGGUUGCAGGAUGUGGUGCACAGUGAAAAGCGAUUGUAUCUAGUGUUUGAAUAUCUUGACUUGGACUUGAAGAAGCACAUGGAUUCAUGUCCUGAAUUCUCUAAGGAUCCACGUUUGGUUAAAAUGUUCUUGUAUCAAAUACUCCGUGGUAUUGCUUAUUGUCAUUCUCAUAGAGUUCUUCAUCGAGAUUUGAAGCCUCAGAACUUGCUGAUAGAUCGACGUACAAAUGCUUUAAAGCUGGCAGACUUUGGAUUGGCUAGAGCAUUUGGUAUUCCUGUCAGAACUUUCACUCAUGAGGUGGUGACAUUGUGGUACAGGGCACCAGAAAUACUGCUUGGAUCACGCCAUUACUCUACUCCUGUUGAUGUGUGGUCAGUUGGUUGCAUAUUUGCUGAGAUGGUGAAUCAGCGCCCUCUGUUUCCUGGUGACUCUGAGAUUGAUGAACUUUUCAAGAUUUUCAGAGUGAUGGGUACUCCAAAUGAGGAUACAUGGCCUGGAGUGACUUCUCUGCCUGAUUACAAAUCUGCCUUCCCAAAAUGGCCUCCUAAGGACCUGGCAAUUAUUGUACCAAAUGUUGAUGGAGCAGGCCUUGAUCUUCUUGGUAAAUCUCUUGCCCCCAUGUUACUCAUGCCAUCCCUUGUUAUUCAUUCAGAAAAUGCUCUGCUUGGAUCCCAGCAAGAGAAUCACCGCCAGGAAUGCCCUUGAGCAUGAGUACUUCAAGGAUAUUGGGUAUGUGCCGUGAUUAUUUGCCCCUUCAUCCAGAAUGCUUUUGUAAAUUUGGUAUGUCGUCUACAAGGUUUUGUUCUGGAGAAUCUGCGUGAUCUUUAGGGCUUUUUUGGUCCCCCUCAAGUUUUUCUUCCAUUGUGAUUCAUGUCCCAACAUCUGUGGUCACAAUUCGUGUCCACAUGUUGUAGAAUACUUUCCAGUGUAAUAUCCUUUUGGUUCUAUUUUGCGGUUCAGUAUCCUUGUACAAUCAAUACUUGUUUAGAUACAAUACUGGAUACUGUAAUGUUAAAUAGAUUGGUUUUGGUGUGUCAGAAGUUUUAAAUAGUUUUGCCUGGAGUUAAACAAAGCUUGAGUUGA